ACGUAGAGGACCAGGCCAGCUGCACGACUUGCUGCUGGUUUUCAACAUUUGACAAACCAUCAUAGCAAUCUGUUUAUUCUGCGUUGUCUGGAGACGGCUGAGUGUGGCAGCAUGCUGCUGACUUUGCUGAGCGGGCUGUGCUCCUCCCUGCUGGCUUAUGUCAGCGGGGGAAAGUUGCCUGAAGCUGAGGUGAACAUAGAAGUUCUGCACAGACCUUUUCUGUGUCACCGAAAAUCAAAGUAUGGAGACAUUCUGCUGGUGCAUCAUGACGGAUAUUUUGAGAAUGGAACCAUGUUUCACUCCAGUCGAAUCCAUGGUGACAAGCAGGCAGUGUGGUUUACACUGGGCAUCAGAGAAGUGAUCAAAGGCUGGGAUAAAGGCCUGCAGGAUAUGUGCUCUGGAGAGAAGAGGAAACUCGUCAUACCUCCAGCCCUGGCCUAUGGGAAGGAAGGGAGAGGUAAGAUCCCACCUGAGAGCACACUGACUUUCGUCAUCGAGGUGCUUGAGAUCAGAAAUGGACCGAGGUCACACGAGUCCUUCCAGGAGAUGGACCUCAAUGAUGACUGGAAGCUCUCCAAGCAUGAGGUGAAGGAAUACCUGAGGAAAGAGUUUGAGCGUCACGGCUACCCUCCCAACGACACUCUACAUGAGAACAUGGUGGAGGAUAUCUUUGUCAAAGAAGAUGAGAACAAAGAUGGCUUCAUUUCCUCCAGAGAGUUCACUUACAAACAUGAUGAACUUUAAAGUCUCUUCUGGGCCACGACACUCACUCAUGCAGUCUUCCAGUCUUUAUAUAAGUUCAUGGUUGAAAUACUUUUGGUGCAGAGUUUAUUAUUGCAGACUCUCUCAGGUUACCUGAAAGUAUUUCAGUUUUACAGAUAGCAUUGUGGUUGUGUGGAGUGUGACAUGUAAACUCUUCCUGUGUGAAGAUUUGUGUGGUGGAUUUGAGCCAAUGGGGUUUUUAAUCUGAUUAUUUGUACAAGAACCUCGAAAACCUCCAGUCGCACAUUUGCAUUUAAGAAAAUUAGACCAGGGUAAAAUGACUCAAUGUCAUUCUGAAUAUAAAAAUAUUCAAAAGACUGUAUCAUUUCCUUGUGUGCAGUUUUCUGUCACAGAAUAUCUGUGGUAAAAGAAAAUCUGUGAAUGUUUGAUGUCUGUUACUAAAUUUGGCAGUGAAAUUUC